GAGCUCUCUACACUGACCGGCACUCAAGUCCUGCUGCUGGUGGCCAGCGAGACAGGCCAUGUGUACACAUUUGCCACACGGAAGCUGCAGCCCAUGAUCACCAGUGAGACAGGGAAGGCGUUGAUUCAAACGUGCCUCAACUCCCCGGACUCGCCCCCGCGCUCAGACCCGACCACUGACCAGCGCAUGAGCGCGACGGGCUUUGAGGAGACGGACCUCACCUACCAGGUGUCUGAGUCGGACAGCAGCGGGGAGACCAAGGACGCACUGAAACCAGCGUUCACUGUCACCAACCUGCCGGGGACAACGUCCACCAUCCAGACAGCCCCCACCACCUCGACCUCCAUGCAGGUCAGCAGUGGCCCGUCAUUCCCCAUCACUAAUUACCUGGCGCCAGUGUCUGCCAGCAUCAGCCCCAAUGCCGUCACCAGUGCCAACGGGACAGUGCUGAAGACUACUGGAGCCAGUGCAGUGACAUCUGGGGGCCUCAUGCCAAUACCCACCGGCUUCACGCUCAUGUCAGGUGGUACCAUGGCUCAGCAGGUCCCAGUCCAGGCCAUCCAGGUGCACCAGGCACCGCAGCAAACGUCUCCCUCUAGCGACAGCAGCACUGACCUUACCCAGACCUCUUCCAGCGGAACAGUGACCCUUCCGGCGACCAUCAUGACAUCGCCUGUGCCAACCACUGUGGGUGGCCACAUGAUGUACCCCAGCCCACAUGCGGUGAUGUACACGCCCACAUCUGGCCUUGCGGAUGGUGGACUUGCAGUCCUCAAUGCUUUUUCACAGGCACCCUCAGCGAUGCAGGUGUCCCAUGGCCAGGUCCAGGAUCAGGGUGGUGUCCCCCAAGUGUUCCUGACAGCACCAUCAGGCACGGUUCAGAUCCCAGUCUCAGCCGUCCAGCUUCACCAGAUGGCUGUCAUCGGGCAGCAGAGCAGCAGUGGCAGCAGCCUGACGGAGCUGCAGGUGGUCAACUUGGACACCUCACACAGCGCCAAGAGUGACUGAGAGUCCUCUGCUGCUGGCCUUGUGCUGUCCCUGGCUUGUUGUGCCAGUGCUGGGGCUGGCAGCAAUUCCUUCUCGUACAGACUGCACCAGUUAUUUAUUGUUGCCUUUUCACGUUUCCUUCAUCCACACGUGCACACACACACACCCACCCACACCCACACAGAUACACACAGGCAUGCGCGUGGGGCUGCAGGGCCCACCUGAGGUGGAGCUGUGCUGGGGC